CAUGAAUAUGUCAUGUUUCUAGGCUGUUCGCAUGUUCCUGAUGCUUAUAUGUUUCUUUGCAUAGAGACCAAGACGGGAACUUCAAAGCUUCCCUAGAGUCCAAUCUAAUCUCUCCAUUAAACUAAUUUGCACUUGAGCAUGGUUUAUACUCUAUGUCACUUUUGUCGGCUCCUUUUACAGGAUUUUGCUACUCAUCACUUCAUCAUAGUCAAAAACCCUGUUUAUAUGCCCCAAGAUCAAGCAAAGAAGGAAUCAUCCGGUUUUCUCCAUUUGCUUCAACUGUGAUUUAUAUAAGCAUCCCCCCAUUGGCUUCCAUAACUUCCAUUUGAGCACACUGUGAAUCAAGAGUCUCUUGUUAGCUUGAGCUUUGCGGAAUCACUGCAAAAAAAAAAAAAAAAACAAGUCCCGCGAAAUUUCAAUGGGUCUAUCAAGUCUGCCAGCUCCAUCUGAAGGAGUACUAUGUGUGAUUUUAGUAAACACUGCCUUGUCAAUUUCCAUUGUCAAAGGGAUAGUCCGUUCAAUCCUUCACAUUGUUGGCAUCCGUUUGUCACCAUCUGCUUCGCUCCCAUCGUCAGAUAAUGCCGAAGACUCCAGAGAGUCGUAUGAAUUUCGUUCAAGUCCCCCAGAGAAUUACAUUGAGGAGUUCCGAAGCAGGAUGCCAUCAAUCCGAUUCAACACGGUGUGCAGCUGUAAACAGCCUGAACAUGACUGCUCGGUUUGCUUGACCCAAUUUGAGCCAGAAUCGGAGAUAAAUAGUCUGUCGUGUGGUCAUAUCUUUCAUAAAAUGUGCUUGGAGAAGUGGUUGGACUAUUGGAACAUUACAUGCCCUCUUUGCAGGACUCCUUUGCUGCCUGAAGAGGAUGCAUCUUGCUUUUGGUGAGCGCAUACUACCAUGAAUGCAUUGUCAGAGGAAUUCUCUUUGUACAGCGUGUACAUGUAUAUACGUGAGUGCUUCGGGCAGGGCAUGGUGGUGUAUACGUUGUGCUUGAGAUCAAGCAUGAUGUGCUGAUGGGUCCUUGAGAGACCAAAAAUUUUAUUGUACAUAUUGUGAAGAAGUGAUGUUUAACCUAUCUAUCUUGCUUUGAUCUCCA